AUGGCGUUUCAGGAUUUCGACCUCAUCUCAGAAAGGCGAAGCAACGAAAAGAGACAAAAGCUGAGGAAGAGGAUCCUAAUCGGUGUGGUUUCUUCCAUUGUCCUUGUGGGUCUGAUAGGUGCAGCAUCAUUCGUUGUUGUUAGAAAUGACUCUGAUGAUAACACCAAUGGUGACCAGAAGCAUGCACCUGCCACUGCCAGCAGCAAACAACACGUGUCAACUUCAGAGAAGAUGGUGAAGUUGGUGUGUAGCUCUGCAAAUUACAAAGAUAAAUGUGAAGGACCCCUUAACAAGGCCAUGCAGGAUGACCCAAAACUCUCACACCCCAAAGACCUUCUCAAGGUCUAUGUGAAAUAUGCUCAAGAUGAGGUUGACAAGGCUUUUGAUGAAACCGUCUCUAUGAAGUUCCAAUCUGAGGAAGAGAAAGCAGCAUAUGAAGAUUGCAAGAAGCUGUUUAAGGAUGCCAAGGAUGACUUAGAAACAUCUCUCAAUGAACUUACAAAAAUUGAGUUGAAAUCAAUGUCUCAAAGAACUCCUGAUUUGAAUAGCUGGCUCAGUGCUGCUAUGACUUUCCAACAAAACUGCGUUGAUGGUUUUCCUGAAGGAAAAUUGAAAACUGAUCUUCAAAAUCUCUUUACAGAUUCUAAGGAAUUUCUCAGCAACUCCCUUGCCAUUUUGUCUCAGGUAGCCUCCGUCCUCUCCACAUUCCAGGCAAUUGCGCGUGGCCGUUUGUUGCUAUCUGAGAACUCCAAUUCCCCACUUGCUUCUCUCGACAAAAAAGAUGGCUUUCCUUCUUGGAUUAGCCAUGAGGACAGAAGAUUUUUGAAGGCUUUGGAUAACAAACCUACACCUAAUGUUACUGUGGCAAAGGAUGGAAGUGGAAACUUCAAAACCAUCUCUGAAGCUUUGAAUGCCAUCCCUCAAACUUACGAUGGACGGUAUGUGAUUUAUGUUAAAGAAGGAGUGUACGAUGAGACAGUGCUAGUAACAAAGCAAAUGCAAAAUGUAACCAUGUAUGGUGAUGGAUCCCAAAAGAGCAUCAUCACUGGCAGCAAAAACUUUAGGGACGGAGUCACGACUUACCAAACUGCAAGUUUUGCCGUAGAUGGAGACGGAUUCUUUGGCCUUGCGAUGGGAUUCAGAAACACCGCAGGGCCUGAUGGGCAUCAAGCAGUGGCUGCAAGAGUGCAAGGAGAACGUGCAGUAUUUGCCAACUGCCGUUUUGAGGGCUACCAAGACACUCUAUAUGUCCAAGCACACAGACAGUUCUACCGUAGCUGCAUAGUUUCAGGUACAAUUGAUUUCAUCUUUGGUAAUGCAGCUGUUGUGUUCCAGAACUGCAUCAUGAUUGUUAGGAAGCCACUGGACAACCAGCAGAACUUGGUGACAGCUCAAGGUAGACUGGACAACAAACAAGAAACAGGAAUUGUUCUACAAAAGUGUGUGAUCAAACCUGAUGACUCACUUGUUCCAGUUAAGGACAAGAUCAAGAGCUACCUCGGUAGGCCUUGGAAGGAGUACUCAAAAACCAUUGUUAUGGAAACUGAAAUAGGUGAUUUUAUUCACCCUGAUGGGUGGAAAGAAUGGAUGGGAGACUUUGCUCUCAAGACAUUGUACUAUGGUGAGUACAAUAACACAGGACCUGGUGCCAGCACUAGUGCAAGGGUCAAGUGGCCUGGUUGCAAAGUCAUCGACAGGGAGGAAGCUACCAAAUAUACUCCAGGGAUCUUCUUGCGAGGCACAUGGAUCCAAGCCACAGGUGUGCCCGCUGUGCAAGGCUUGUACGGUUAAAAUAAAUGGUUCGCUCCAAAUGGCCUUUCCAUUCAUACCAGUUGAGGUCUUGCUUGAGGGUUGAGCUGAUGACAGACACAUGCUACAUGGUGUUAGGCAUAGUGGGAAAUAUCCUUGUGUUUGUGUUGAUGGUGUGCUCAUUUUGAUCAAUUGUAAUCUUUUUCUUUUUUUUUUCUUUCUUUCUUUUUUUACCAUUUUU